ACAUAUUGGGGUUCCUCUUGGGACUGGCCAGCUGCGCCUUUGUCACCUGCACAACAGCAGAAUCAGUUGCUGCUCCAUCCAUGUCCAAAAGACACAGCGGCCGGGCAUCAAGAAGACUUCAAGAGAAGCCUACUACUGCCGUUGUCUGCCUAACGAACCCGGCGGCACUGACUGCUAAUGCAGCACCAUUCAAGGAAGGUGAAUGGCAGAAGAUCGUUCACGCUAUAGUUGGCACUGAAAUGGGCAACGGGAUUUUGCCGAUGGGAAUGUACGCCGUUUGGCGUCAGGUGCUUUUCGAUAUUCUGCGGAAGUAUUUCUGCCUACAGCACUUUAGCUUCUCCCGGAUUGCCGUUGAUGCUGUCCCUGUCUUCACUUGGGAUUUGGUGCUGUGGCGUAAUAUCUUGCGCCGCCUGUCUCUUGCGCUGAGGCACCAUGGCGUUUCCACAGUCAUUUGA